GUCUACAUUGUUGUUCAUCUUGUUUCCUUAAGUUCUUGAAAAAUUGUUCCAACAUCUAGCAAUUCUCCCAUGUUCGAUGCUGGAACAUAUUCUUCCGCAGUUCCUGACUGGUUAUUGGCCGCCACCCUUUCAAAGAUGGUACCCCCUUUACGUUCUCAAAAUCGCACCACCACUGCUCCCUUCAGACCUUCCCAAGAAGGAUUCUUGGCUUUCUCCUUCUUGGCUUUGAACCAGAAGCGAGCACUCCCCUCCAUACUGAAUUCUGCUAGGUGCACCCUUUCCUCCUCUGCCACACCUUGUAACUCGAAGAACUUCUUUGCCUUCGAGACCCACCCACACAGAUCGAACCCUUCAAAAGUGGGCAGUUCUAUCCUUUUCUUCCCGCUGGGUUGCACUUCGUGGCGUUCUCCCGCUCCCUCUCCCACGUUCUCCUCUUGCCUCCUUUUGUUCUCGUUGAUCGAGGCUUGGUCCUGGUUGCUGUGCCACUAUCUGUGCCUUCCUUCUAUCAAUCGCAAUUUCCAUCACCCCAUAGAUUUUGGUAACGUCUCGAUACAGCAGUUUCUUGACUACUUGAUUCCGGCAGCUUCCCAAAGAGACAAAUUCUGGAAUCCAACACCCCCACUUCGAAACGGCAGGUUCUUGGUAACGUCUUUUUUUCCUUUCUUGAUUCUCCAACACUAUUCUCGAAACGACAGUUCUCCUGUUUUUGGCAGCCUUUCAAUCUGACAGGUCGGACCAAUUUGUUAGGUUCCUGGAUUUGGAACCUAACUGAAAACACUCACAAACAGCAGAAAAUAGAAUUGAAAGAAAGAAUUCUAUUAUUUCAUAACGUAUAAGCACUGUACAACAAAUGGGGUUGGGAGCAUAACCUCCCCGAGAGCAUAACCUCUCUACACAAGCUAAAGUAUGACUUUACAAAAUAUAUUCUAAUUUUAUAGAAUUCCUCCACCUUCUAUUCUAUCCCAUUAAGUCCUCUCCCCUUGUAUCCUAUCAUAUUUAUACUAAAUUUGUUAAAAUAAUGAAUUAACUAUAAAAAGAUUCAUUUGCUAAUUCAUAUACCAAACCCCGGCCCCUUGUCUUUAUUAGUGCUUAUGUAAGUUAUUGAAAAAUCUCCUCUUUCAAACUGCAUCCUGACUUGAAUCUGAGUUCAAUUUGGCGAAUCGUGGGUUAUCACAUAUUACAAGACAUUUUUUCUUCAUUGUAAUUGAAUAUGAAGAAGUGGAAUCAUACAUGUUUCAUUGACUGUUGUCUGAUGAGAACCCUACAUGAAUAUGAGAUGCUGCAUUUCCUAAAUGUA